UUCAUAUACUACAAAUCCUCAAGCAGUUUACACGAGUAGACUUUUAGAUUUUAAAAAUCUUCCAGAACCAAAAAAUGCUAUUGAUAACAAGGAUGAUGAUAAUUCAUUUGGAGAAUAUUCAGAAUUAAUAGAAGCAAUAGAUUUUACUAAACUAGACCUAGGUACUUAUUUAACAUUAACUUUUUUACAUGAUUUAUUUUAUUAAUAAUACUAUUUAAUAAUUUAUUUUCACUUAUAGAUAAAAGUAACUGAAUUAAAGAAAGGAAAGGAAUCUUGGGUAUAAAUUUCUUUAUUAUUU